AUGUUUGACUCUUCUCUGUGGGGCCGUGUGCUGCAGGUGCUGCAGCGAACGCUGAGAAGUGCUGCUGCUGCAUCUCUGCGGCGUGUGGUUUUAGGGUCUGUUGUGCGCCGCCUUAGCAAGCAGCAGCUAGAGAUAGCAGUAGGGGGGGGAGAGGUUUGUCUUCUUUCUGUUGAAGUAGAGACAACUCAAUUAACAGAGGCUCUGCAUGCAGCAGGUUGGGGCUUCUUAUCUGUUGUUAGCUGCCACGUAGGCUGUAUCAGUCUUAAGCUACCUCUUACACUCCGAAUCUCACGCCCCACAGUCGUAAUAAGAAUAGAGGGGCCCCUCCAAGGGCCCCUCCAGGGGCCCCUUCAGGGGCCCCUACCCUCUGCCGCCGCAGCGGCAGCAGCAGCAGCAGCAGCAGCAGCAGCAGCAGCAGCGGGAGGCCACACACACACAGCGGCAGCAACAAAUGCUGCUGCCGCUGCUGCUGCUGCAGCUACGGCUGCAGCGGCAGCUGCAGCUGCAACGCAGCUGCAGCCCCAGCUCUCCCAGUACUACUCAGGGGGCCCCCAAGGGGCCUUUUCCGAGGCUGCAGCAAAAGGGGGGAGGUUGCAGUCGAAGGCAAGGGGGGCCCCCAGGGGCCCCUCCACUUGUGCAGAGACGCAACCCGGGCCUGGUGGGGCCAGUGGAGCGUCGACUGCUGCUGCAGCAGCAGCAGCAACUGCAGCAGCAACAGCAGCAGCUGCUAGAGCGUCGGGGAGCAAAGUUGCGGAGAAGGGCAUCCGGCGUGCCUGCAGGAGAGAGGAAGCAACAGCUUUUGCUGGGGGCCCUUCUGAGGGGUGCAGAGAAGCAACAGCAGCAGCAUCAGCAUCAGCAGCAGUAGCAGCAGCGGCAGCAGCAGAUGGAGGUUCUGUCUACGAGUGGGGGCUUCCUUCACUGGCCUCGGGGGCCGCUGGGGCCUUGGGGGCCCCUGGGGCCCCUUUGGGGGGCCCCCCUGUGGGUGAGGGUGCUUUGUAUGGCAUGGAGUCGCUGCUGGCUUUGCUGCGCCGCGCGCUGCACAGCGCCGCAGGGGCUGUUGAUUUGUCUGUAGAAUUCAUUACUAUUUGCCUCUAUGCAGAGGAGAAGUCUCUUCAGGGGCCCCCUCAGUGGGCCCCCCAGGGGCCCUCUAAGCAGUUUGCAGCGGCAGGGGCCCCUCAGGAUGGAGACCCUGCUGCUUUCAUAGGGGGGGAUGAUUCAUUGUUGCAUGCUAAGCCUGGGGAGGAGGAAGAGGGGCCCCCUAACUGCAGCAGCAAGGAGGGUUUAGCAGCAGCAGCGAGCGGCAAACCAGUGCCUGCGCCUGCAGCAGCAGCUUGCUGGGGGGCCCCCCCUGUUGAUGGGAAGGGCUUAAAAAGCAGCAGACCGCGGCAGAGCCGGAGGCGACAGAUGUCAUAUGAUGACAGUGGUGGGGGGGCCCCCUGGACAGCAGGGGGCCCCCCCACCUCAGGGUGUACAGGGGGCCCCCCUCGGUCUCUAUGGGCUCUUCGUCUUCAUAUUGAGUGCCUCCGUGGGUGCGAUUCAUUUGCAGGAAGUGCGCAGCUGCAGCUGGGGGGCUGUGAGGUGUCUCUGCUGCCUCCUCUUCCUGCUGCAGCAUUCAGAUCGAGAGGCGAAGACAGCUGGCUUGCUGCACCAGGUUUGUUGCUGCUCUGCACAAGGGCCCCCAACAGCCUCAACGGAUGGGCUGUGCCCCUUCGGCCGGCGGGGGCCCCCCACCCUGCUGCUGCUGCUGCUGUUACCGCUGGCUCAGCAACAAGAACAGCAACGCCAACGCCACUACCAGCAGCAGCAGAAACAGCAACAGCAACAGCAGCAGCAGCAGCAACAGCAGCAGCAGCAGGGGAGAAUGCAUCACAUAUCAUUGGGAGAGUCUCCUUGCAGGCGGGGCUCCGCUCUGUCACUGCCUUGCAGCCAGAGGCGCACAUGAGGGAGUGCUUGGCGCUGCUGCAGAGACAGCCGGGUGCUGCUUCUGCUGCUCCUGCUCCUGAUGGUCCUGCUGCUGCUGCUGCAGCGUACACGAGAGGUCCCCUCGCAGCAGCAGCAGAAACAGCGGCAGCAGCAGCAGCAGGCGAGUGGACUGUCGGUAGAUGCAGCUGCGAUGGCUGCUUCAAUGGGACGCGUUGCAUCUGGUCCAGCAGCAGCAGCAGCAACAGCAACAGCAACAGCAACAGCAGCAGCAGCAGCAGCAGCGACUCCACAGAAGCUACCUUUGACUAUGGCAUUUGUCUCGCAGUCCCCUUAGUGCUCGUGCUGCUGGGGACGGAGCACCUUCGUGUGCUGCGGCGUAUUAUGGAAGACCUAGGCCUUCAUCAGGGGCCCCCUGCAGCAGGAGGGGCCCCCCGAACCAGCAGCAACAGUUGCAGCAGCAGCAGCACAAGCAGCAGCAGAAUUAGCAGCAGGGGACGCAGCAACAGCAGCAACAGCAGCGAAGCCAGCAGCCUUCUGCAAGAAGACACCGUACUUUCCUGCGAACCAGCGGCAACAGCAGCAACAGCAGCAACAGAGGAGACACAGCAGCAGAAUGGCUCAGGCGGGCAGCCCUUCAGCAGCAACAGCAGCAGCAACAGCAGCAGCAGUCGGAGCAACAACAUUGGCAUCUUUACUCCUGGCGGCAGCACCUUGACCUCUGGGAUUUGGGGUUCAGGAGGACUGCAGGAGGGGGGCCCCUCUGGGGGCCCCCUUCCAGCAUCAGCAGCAGCAGCAGCAGCAGCAGCAGCAGGUGCAUCGUUGACCCGCGGUGUGUUUUUUGAAGAUGAUGAUGAGGAGGGUUUGUACCCUGGGGGCCCCGCGGGGCCCCGGGGGCCCCCCGAAGCUGUGGGGCCCCCCGCAGAGGCCCCUGGGAAGCAGCAGCGGAGGGCCCCCUGGUGGCGGCGUGCUGCUGCUUUCUGCAUGCGAGGAGAAGUAGGGGGGGUUGAGGUGGGGAUCGGAUCCCAGGAGGCCUCGACUGGAUUGGAGGAGACGGAGCUCCCUCUAGGAGGAGAGGUGCUGCCUUUUUCUGCUGCUGAGCAGCAGCUGCAACAGCUGCAGCAGUUGCAGCAGCAGCAGCAGCAACCGCAGCACCAGAAACAGCAGCAGAAGCAACAACAGCAAAAGCAGCAGCAGGACCGGCAACGACUGCAGCACCCCCUCCAAAGGAGGUUGCAAGAAGAGCAAGAGCUGCAGUUGCCCCGGGAAGAGGGGCGGCAGCUGCAGCAGCUGCAGCAGCUGCAGCAGCUGCUGCAGCAACAGCAGCAAGGAGCGGAGCCGCAGCAGCAGCAGCACAGUAUCCCUCUUUGGGUGGACAACGAUGCAGCAGCACGGAUGAAUCCGCAGCAGCUGGUAGCAUCAGCGUAUGAAGGGCAGCAGCAGCAGCUUUGUAGACACUCUGAAGCGCAGCAACAGCAGCAGCAGCAGCAGCAGCAGCACGGUGUUCCCCAGCUGUACAGCCGGGAUGCUGCCUGUGCUUCGGUUGCAGGUUCUGCUGCUGCUGCUCGCGGUGAGGGUCCCUGUGCUGCCUUUCCAUCGGCAUUUGACAGCAGCAGCGCAGCAGCACCUGCACCAGCAGCGGCAGCAGCUGCUGCGGCAGCAGCAGCAGCAGCAGCAGGUGCUGCUUCUCCGCGUGCUUCGUUUGCUGUGAGUGUAGCUGUGGAGACCCUGGCUGUUCAUUUUGUUAGCAGCAGCAGCUUCUGUCCGCUGCUGCUGCCAGAUCAGGGGCUGCUGUGGGGCCCCGAGGGGCCCCCCUCAGCUGCUGCUCUUCCCAGUGGGUGGGCGGGGGCCCCUGGGGCCCCCUCUGAGGGCUGUGAAGUAUACCCUUCAGAGUCAGAUGCGACGCAGCAGCAGCAGCUGCUGCAGCAGCGGAGCAGCAGCAGCAGCUGCGGGGACCCCAACGGCUUUCUCUCCCAGGCAGCAGCGCCAACGCAAGACUUUGGUGUGACUGCUUCUGUUGCUUCUGCUGCUUCUGCUGCUGCUUCUGCUGCUUCUGCUGCUGCGGCUCCGAGUUCCUCAGGGAAGCCCUUUGAAGGGGGGGGCCCCUGCAGCCUCCUGUGGGCCCCCAUGCCGUCUGCACAUAUUGUGUCUCUCUUUGUUUCGGGCUUGUCUGUCUCUGUCUUCUCGCCAAGCAGCAGCAGCAGCAGCAGCAGCAGUAGCAGCAUCAACUGCAACAGCGCGUGUGGGGCUCUUGCUGCUGGGUGCUCACCUGCAGAAGCGCUGCUCAUGAAUCCAUUGCCUCCGGCUUCGCCGUUAGCAGCAGCAGCAGCAGCAGCAACUGCAGCAGCAGCAGCAGCAGCAGAUGUAGGACGGAGAGGCCUUUCUCGUUCCUUAGUUCCAGGGCGCAUGUCCUCACUGGACAUUCUGACGCAGCAGCAGCACCAGCAGCAGCAAACCCAGCAACAACAGCAACAGCAGCAGCAGCUGCUGUUGCUGCAGAUGCAGCAGCAGCAACAGCCGCAGCAGCAGCAGCAGCAACAGCAGCAGCCUUUGAACGUGGUACAGAGUGUAGUGUUUGUAGGUCAGUGGGCCCUUCAGUUUCUAGAGGCGAAGGACCCUAGGGGCCCCUCAGCAGCAGCGAGCGAAGGCAAGGGGGCCCCCAACGAGGCUAUGAAGCGAGUAUGGAUGAGUUUGCAGCGCUUCAGACAACCCCAGGAACAUAGGGCAGCAGCAGCAACAACACCUGCACCUGCUGCUGCUGCUGCUGGGCACUCAGAAUCUGUUGCUACAGCAAGUGAAGCAGAAGACGCCCUGUCCCUCGAGUCUGUAACUGAUGCUGUUUCUAAUGCGCCUCCGCUGCACUUGAGUAGUGGCAGCAGCGGCAAGUUUAGCAGCAAAUGCUGCAGUAGUUGCAGCAGCAGCAGUAGCAGCAGCAGCAGCAGCAGGAGCAGCAGCAGCAACCCCAGCACUGCACUUAUAGCGAGCAGUGGCUUUGAGUCUGAAGACCUGCUGGGGGGCGUUGGCUUGGAGGAUUUUAUGGAGACACUCAAUGGGGACAGUGCAGCAGCAGCAAACAGCAGCAGCAGAAGCAGCAGCAGCAGCAGCGACAGCAAAAGGCAGGCAAGAGCAGCAAGGAGUGGAAACUCAGGCAGCAGCAGCAGGAGCAGCCCCAGCCGCACAAGCUACCUCGGCUACAGCAGUCGCAGCAUCACCAACAGCAGCAGCAGCAACAGCAGCAGCGACAGCGACAGCGACAGCAGCAAAAGCCCCUCUGAAGAAUCCGUUAGAGACCGACGACAGAGCAAACGCCAGGGGGCCUUCGCCCCCAAGGCUGCUGCAGCUGCUGGUCGGGUCCCUGCAGCAGCAGCAGCAACAGCAGCAGCAGCAGCAACAGGAGCAGACAAAGAAUCUGUGGAUUGGCCUUGUGCACCAAAGGCACCGGGGGCAUUUGCAGGGGGACGGAAGGGGCGCACUGCAGGCAGAGCAGCAGCAGCUGCAGCAGCAGCAGCUGCAGCAGCAGCAGCAGCAGCAGCAGCAGCAGCAACGGCACCCGCAGCAGCAACGGCUACAGCAACAACAGGGAGGACAGGAAAAGGAAGGGGGCUCCAAAAAGGUAAACGUUCUGAGCAUAGGGAAGGCGGCGCGCAUGCAGCAGCUGCAGCAGCUGCAGCAGCAACAGCAGCAACGGAGCAACAGAAGAAGAACCAAAAGCAGCGGCCAGGCGUUGCUCCUGACUCUGGCAGCUCAUGCAGCAGCAGCAAAUUUCUGUCUCCUCAAUGCAGCAGCACGCCCGACGGGGGCGCAUCGGAAGCAGCGACACUUCCAGUGAAAGCAGCAGCAGCAGCAGCAACGGCAGCAGCAGCAACAACACCAGCAACCUCAGGUGGGAGGAAGGGGACACGGAAGAGCUUCUCGAAGCCUGCUGCGAAGCAGCCUAAGCUUCACCCUGCAGGGGGGGCACCAGCAGCCACAACAGCAGCAGUUGCUGCUGCUGCUGCUGCUGCUGCUCCUGGGGAGUUGGCAUCUGCUUCUGCUGGGCCGCAGUGUACAGACAGCGACGGAGAUCUGUGGGGCGGCAUUUUGGGAGGCGAAAUUCUUGACGAUCCCUUCAGCACCUUCUCGCUGGCCCAGCAGAAGCAGCAGCAGCAACAGCAGCAACAACAGCAGCAGCAGCAGCAACAGCAGCAUGUUGAUACGCUAGGAGGCUCGGAAACAACUGAAGAGGCGCUGGCAAACAAGCAGAGCCUGACCAGGGCAGCGGCAACCGCAGCAACAGCAGCAGCAACAGCAGCACCAGCAAUUGCAGCAGCAGCAGCAGCAGCAACAGGCGCUGAUCCGGGGCCUCCUUGGCCUUCUUCGCGUCAGGCGCUGGAGGUGCCCUCGUUUGCUGCUGCUGCCGCAGCCCCUGGCAGCAACGGCGCGGCAGCUGAGCUCCUCAACGGCAAGAGCAACGGCAGCAGCAGCUGCAACAGCAACAGCAGCAGCAGCAGCUUUGGCUUUCCUUACAGGGUCGGGCCGGCGCUGCAGGAGCUGACGGAGGCUUUGAACGCUGCAGCAACAGGGAGGGCCCCCGGGGCCCCCCCAGUAGAGUUUAAAACGCAUUUGCUGCUUUUUGGGGCUUGGCGUGAGGCAGCAGCAGACAGAGGUUAUGGCGCAGCAGGAGCAGCAGCAGGAGCAGCAGAAUCUUCUGCUGCUGCGGCAGGGGGGAGGUAUAGGCAGCGCAGCUAUCACGGCAAGGGGCUGCACGGGUACAGGUACCGCAGCAGCAGCAGGAGCAGCAGCAGCUGCAGCAGCAGCAACGGCAGCGGAAGCGACACCAGCCGCUGCAGCAGGAGCAAUCCUUUAGGCUGCAGACGCACAGGGGCCCCCCUUAAAGGGUGCAGGGGGCCGCACGGACGCUGCUGCCAGCGAGAAGCAGCAGCAGAGUGGGGGGAGUGGGUUGAGGGCUUUGAAAACCUUCGGGGAUCUUUUGCUUCUUCUCCUCGGGGGGAGUACUGCUCCUUCAGACGCCGGCGACGCAGCAGCAGCAGCAGCAGCAGCGGCAGCAGCAGCAGCAGCAGCAGCGGCAGCAGCGGCAGCAGCAGCACUGCAGCAGGCUUCGUCAAGGUGCCGGAUGAGCUGCAGGGCUCUGUUCAUGAGGGUGUCUUCUUCCCUCCUCUCUUUGCUCCUGCUGCAGCCCGUACCGCACACCGAAGCUCAGCAGCAGCAGGAGCAGCAGCAACAGCAGCAGCAGGCGCAGCAGCAACAGCAGCUGCAGGUGAGCUGCUGGUGCCUCGUUCGGUCUCCAAGAGCAAGAAAGAAGAGGGGGGGCCCCCCUUGCUUCAAACGAUUAAAGGGGCCCCCCAUUUGUCUAUAGACAGCGCACAGAGGCCUCCACAUGUUAUACUGAGGGCUGCAUACUUCUUCUCUUCGCUGCAGCAGCUGGCGGGGGGGCCCCUACAGGGUACAGACACUGCAGCGGGGGGCUCCUGCGCCUCCACUGCGGGGCCCCCAACCCCACAGGCUGUGGCAGUUGCAGCAACAGCAGCACGAGGAGCGCCAACAACUCAAGCAGCAGCAGCAGCAGCAGCAGCAGCAGCAGCAGCAGGUAGGACCGUUCCCGCCCCGUAUGCUGCACCUCCUACACUGCAGCCGCUUCACUCUGAUACAGCAGCAGCAACAGAAACAGCACCAGCAGCAGCACCAGCAGCAGCAACAGGUGGUGGUGCAGCCGCUGCAGCAUGGGCAGAUAUUUGCUUUGAGGUCGUCAUCGGUCAGCUGCCCCUGCAAAUCUUAGGGGACAUCCUUCAGGUCUGUGAGGAGGCUUCAACUGCUCUUCUUCCGUCUCCUGCUGCUGCACCCGAAGCAGCAGCAGGCGCAUUAACACCGGCAGCAGCAGAAGCUGCUGCUGGGCAGUUGGCUAUGCAGCCCGCUGCGGAGAGGCCCCCUGUGUGCUUCAGUUUGUCUCUGUCUUGUCUGCGUCUGCACAUCGGAGCCUCAGAGAGUUCAGAGACAACGAAGGUCAUAGAAACAGAGGCAGCAACAGCAGAAGCAGCAGCAACAGCAGCAGCAGCAGCAGGUCCAGGUCGGAUACUUGAGGAGAUGGAGAGGCAGCAGGUCCAAGAACGAAGCAGCAGCAGCAGCAGCAGUAGCAGCAGCAGCAGUCUCCUUGUGGAUCUGUGCGCAGUGAAGGCCACGUACUGUCCAGGCCAGGCAUUCUGGGGGGAGGGCAGCAGCAGCAGCAGCAGCAACAGCAGCAGCAGCAGCUGCGCAGUUUCCUCCAGCCCUGCAGCAGAUUCAGACUCUUCCCGGCCAUGUCAUGCUUCUCUGUUGCUGCAGCAGCACAUCCGCUGCUUUCUGCUCUACAAGCGAAAGCGGCAGCAGCAGCAGCAGCAGCAGCAGCAGCAACAGCAGCAGGAAACUGCGCAGCAGGAGCCUUGGGUGUAUCGGCUGCUGUUUUCUACCUGCGUUCCUAGCGACGCAACACGAGAUCCUUCAAGGGGCCCCCAUGGGGGCCCCGUCAUAGAGGGGCCCCUGCAGAGGGGCCCCCUCUGGGGUACCCCCGUAGAGGGGCCCCCUCAUAGGGGCCCCCUUGGGUACACCGUCAUAGAGGGGUCCCCCUAUAGGACCCCCUUUGGGGGCCCCGUGGUAGAGGGGGCCCCCCAGAGGGGCCCCCCUAUUGGGGCGGGGGCCCUUGGGGGGCCCCCACUGCAGCAGAAGACUGCGCUGCUGCCGCUGGUAGCGAUGUUAACUACUGCUGCUCCUUCCUUCGAGUACAAGUGCCUCGGGCAGCCCCUUAACACCCGGCUAGCAACAGCAGCAACACAAACAGCAGCAGCAGAAGGAGCAGCCGCAGCCGCAGGUGCAGAUGCUGUUGCAGCAGCUGCAGCAAAAGAGCACUGCCGGCUGCACGCUGCGGAGGUGCCCCGCGACGCCCUCAGCGACGUGGUAGGGGGAUUGUCGGGUGACUACUAUCAGCAGCAGCAGCAGCCGCCGCAGCAGCCGCAACAGCAGCAACAGCAGCAACAGCAGCAGCAGGUCUGUGAAGUGGUGUCUCUUCAUGUACCCUUUGUUGAGGCGUCCCUCGAUUCGGAGUUGGCUGUCCCCUUGGGGGCUUUGCUGCAGUCUCUAUCUGCUGCUUGCAGUGCCUUUAGUAGCAGCGAAGACACAGAAGCUGCUGCAGCAGGGCAGCAGCAGCAGCAGCAAGCGCAAAUGCAGCAGCAGCAGCAGCAGCAGAUACAGCCGCUGUGGAGGCGCCUGCUGGAAACCCCCGGCAGCAGUGCUAGUGUCUCUUUGGGGGCUCUGUCCUUAGACUGCUGCCUCAUGCGCAAGUGCAGCAGCAACAGCACCACUAACAGCAGCAGCACCGUUGGCAGCAGCAGCAGCAGCAGCAGGACGACCGGUGGGCAGUGCGGGGCCCCACUACACACGGACCUUUCAGCAGCAAAUGCAGCAGCAGCAGCAGCAACAGCUGCCGGAUGCGUCUGUCGAUGCAGCACCUGCACCUGUGGGGUGUAUCUUGAGUUGGGCAGGUUCCUGUUCUCGUUUGCGUGUGUCCCUGGCCAGCCAGCAGCAGACGAAGAAGCAGGAGCAGCAGCAGCAGCAGCCGGAGCAGCAGCAGCAGCAGCAGCAGCACCAGACACCUGCAGCAGGCGGUUGCUGGGGUCCGUCUCGUUAGGCAGCAUUGCAGCCUUUAGCUGUUCGGAGCCGGUGCUGUACACCUGGAGGGCCUCCUUAUACCAGGGCUGCAGUUCCCCAAGGGACGCAGCAGCAGCAGCAGCAGCAGCAGCAGCAGGCUGCCGCGGAGGCUCUGCUGCCCUUGCUGGUGGCAGUGCAUAUUGCCUCUCAGUUCAGGAAAGAGACAGCGUCUUCUCUAUGCUCAUUGGGGCGAGAGAUCUAAUAGGUGGCAGCAGCAGCAGCAGCAGCAGCAGCAGCAGAAGAUGCGUGUCAGUGGAGACCGCGGAGGUUAACACUGAGUGCCUUGUGGGUGUCUGCAGCACACGGGCACUAGAGGGAGCAGCAGCAUUUCUUACUCUCCUCAAGCAGUGUCUUGUUGCAGCAACACCCCCUCCGCAGCAGCAGCAGGAAGAGCAGCAAGAGCAGCAGCAAGAGCAGCAGCAAGAGCAGCAGCAAGAGCAGCAGCAGCAGCAGCAGCAAGGGGAGGAGUGGGCGUUGUCGUUCGAGGCCGUGCGACUGAAAGCCAGCAUCUCUCAGUGCUUGUUGAUUCUUCCUCGUCCUUGGGAGGCAUUGCAGGGUGCAGCAGGCGCUACACCAGCAGCAGCAGCAGCAGCAGCAGCAGCAGCUGAAGCGAUGGUUCAUGGAGGGCCCCGGGAAUGGGAAGAGGGCCCCGGGGGCCCCAACAUGAGGGGCCCCCCGACCUCUACGGAGAUGCCCUUGGACUUGGAGGGGGCUGGGUGGCUGGCAGUGCUGCAUAUCAAGGCACUGCGUCUUGCAUCGAAGCAGCAGCAGCAGCAGCAGCAACAGCAGCAACAGCAGCAGGGGCAAGGGCACGCUGGGUGGAGGGGGAUGGCAUCAGCAGCAGGAAGAGCGGCAGUAAUAGGAGGAGGACCGCCAGAGGUAGCGGCAGCAGCAGCAGCAGCAGCCGCUGCAGCAGCAGCAGCAGCAGGGCUGCAUAUAGGGGUUCAGUGCAGCUCGUUUGAGAUGUAUCUGUUAGAUGAAGGGACACGUCUUUGUCGCUGUGCUGCAGCAGGUGAUGAGGUGUCUCUGCAGCAGCUGUCCUUAGUGCCGCUGCCUUCACCUUUGAUUAGGAGGCCCUUCUAUGCAGCAGGGGCUCCAUGGGAGGCCGCUGCAGCAGCUGGGCACUGCUGCUGCUGCUGCUGCACCUGCGGCAGCUGCAGCAGCACUACCAGCCGCUGGAGAGGAGACAACAGAGUCGGCAGCUGCGCAAGAGAAGGACUACGGACAGCAGCAGCAGCUGCAGCAGCAGCAGCAGCAGCAGCAGCAAAUCACAAGGCCCCCUUGCCUGCUCUUGUGUUCAGAGCGGAUGCAGCAGCUCCUUUGCUUCCUCUCUGUGGGCUGAUGCGUUUGCUGGUGGUUGAAGGCGUUGCAGCAUCGAUGCUUCUUCCGUCCGGCUCUGCUGCAGCAGCAGCAGCAGCACCUGCUGCUGCUGCUGCUGCUGAAGACAGCAGUGCUCCAGGGGCGUUUCGGGGGCUGCUACGCUGCAGCACAAUUGAAGGGGCCCUCUCCCCAGACAGCCUGCGGUGUAUGCUGUUUGUUUUCUUUGAACUGCAGUGUCUGUCGUCUUCUCAAGAGGCCCCUGCAGCAGUGCAGCGCCUCAGCAACGCGUGGCAGUGCCUCCUUCAAGCUGCAGCAGCUGCUGCUGCUGGUGGAGCGCCUGCUGCAGCACCUGCUGCGGCUGCUACUGCAGCAGCAGCUGAUGCUGCAGGGCCCUGCACCAACUCGUCCGGGGGACAGGGCUCGCUGGAGACAGACGCACAUCUCAAGAGACCCCCGAAAGGCAUUUUGAAGCAGCGCAGCAGCCAGCAGCAGCAGCAGCAGCAGCAGCAGAAGCAGCAGCAGAAGCAGCCGCAAACGAAUCUACUGGAAGAUGUUGACCUUACCGCUUUCUUAGUGCAGCAAGGAAACAGCAGAAAGACAGCUGGCUGGGGGGGGACCCCCGACGGCCUUCACUCUCUGUACCCUGCUGUCGCGCUCCCUGCAUUCACCUCCUCAGCAGCAAGCCCCACAGUAUCAGCAGCAGCAGCAGCAGCAGCAGCGGCAGCAGCAGCAGGUGCAGGUGCCCUUGCUUCCGCGGGGCUCCCCAAAAAGCCCAGCGUUGCUCUCAUCAGCGACUAUGCUGAUGCUGCACCUGCUGCUGCUCCCGCAGCAGCAGCAGCAGCAGGCGUUUCUAGAGGAAAGGCGGCCAGCCAACGCGAUAGAGCAGCAGCAGCAGCAGCAGGAACAGGAGCAGGAGCAGCAGGAACGGA